UGUAUUAUCAGCAUUAAAGGGAGAGACGAGUCACUUCGAGAGUAGAGACUGCGUUCCUAACAAAUAGCCCAGCACGCCUUUUUAGGAGACCAAUACCGAGUGAGUUGAAUGCUUGUGCACGUUUUUACUGCGUCCAACUGUACCCAGCUGAACUCGCUCUCCCAUUCGCUUGCUAGAUCAUUCAUCAGUGAUCGCACUUCAAAGGGGUGAAGCAAUUUCUGUGCAAGUUUUGGUCGUUGAAUACAAGGGAUUAAAAUGGCUUUGGGAUCAGAAGCUGCAGAGGAACGAUACGAGGUGUGCCCUACAGAGGAUCUGGUACGGGCAUUGAUUGAGAAUUUGGUUGAUCCUAGCUUGCCUUCUAGGGUCUCUAAGAAUGACCCUCCUGACCUUUCUGUUCAGCAAGCUGUUGCUAAACAGAUGCACGCGGUUGUGUUGCUGUACAACUAUUACCACCGAAAACAACAGCCCAAAACAGAAUUUCUGGAUUUUUUGGCAUUUUGUAAGUUGUCUGUGGUUUUGAGACAUACUAUGAUAGCAUUCAUGAAUCAAGGUGAAUCUUCCGAUUUGAAAUAUGAGCUUUCAGUCACUGAGAAAGCAAUCAGGGAUGCGUGCAAUAUAUCUAUGGCACUAGAUGCGUCGAAAGAUGUUCCAAAUAUGGAAGGAUGGCCAAUUUCAAAGGUUGCUGUAUUGUUAAUUGAUUCAAAGAAAGAAAAUUGUUUGCUCCAAUUUGGUAGUGUCACUCAGGGGGUAUGGUCACUUAUUGAAAAAGAGAUUGGUGAAUCUAACAUCAAUUCCGAAAUUUCAGCAAAGGGAAAGGUCGGUAACAAGAGGAAAAGAAACAGUAGAACAACAGAUGAAAAAAAUGAUGAUGACAAUGGAUUUCUGCAGCUUGCAUUUGAUGCAGUCAAGGAAGUGACAGGUAUUAACAGUUCUGACCUUGUGGUUUUGGAAACACAUAUUUUGUAUUCACUAAGUAAAGAAAAGACAGCAGCUCGCUUUUAUAUGAUGCAAUGCACCCAAUCAAUCAGUGAAGAUAAAAGAAUUCCUGUUGAAGAUGUUGUGAGGAGUUUGCAGGGUCCUUUCGUGGAAAAGAUUUGUCGUAGUUGGACAAUUACUCCUGCUGUUGAGUAUUAUCACAUGCAUCCCUAUGCAGGGGUCAUGUCACAAUGGUUUUUGAGGAAAUGUUCAUCUAUGUCAAGUUUAGAUGGUGGCAACUCCCAAAGCACCGAAGAAGUUACUGAAAGCAGAAUACUGAAUUUACCUGAAUUAAAAAAUAUGAACAAGGAUUUGGAUCGAGUGGACAGCAUACAAUGUCAGACUAAAGACAAUUCCUUUGGAAAUCUAGCUAACGAGAACAGUGACAGAAAUAAUUACAAGCAUUCAUCUAGUGGCAAAGAGGCAAGUCCUACUAACAUCUCUCAAGGGCCAGGAAAAGAUGAUAAUGGCACAGACGAAUGUAAGGAAAUUAACAAGAACCAUGAUUCUUCCAAGGAGGCAGACAACAUUGAUGAUGUUUUAAAUCAGAAUGUUGGAAAAGAAUGGCCAAAGGGUUCACCACCUUGCCCUCCCGGCGAGCCGCAGAGAAUAGACAUGGAUGCCUUCCCAAGGAUUCAUCUCAGCAAUGAAGAUGUAAGGAAGAAUCCGAUUUCAAAAAUCAAAGUUUAUCACAAAAAAAAGAACUCUUCGUCUUUGCUGAUUGAUGCAUGUGCUCCAGUAGAUAGUGUUGAAAUGGAGGUGGAGAUGGUGGACUCUUUGAAGUCAAAUGGUACUCAAGACAAAGAUGACAAGGUUUCUGGAGAGACUUGCUGUGUCAGUAUUUCAUCCAAUCAAAAUGGGACUCCUUUGGCCAAUGCUGAGCUGGUUCACUUGGAGUCUAACCAGAAGUGUAUUGAAGAAGUACAAAGUACACCAGCUUCAGAGGCACUGCAGAAUUGUUUGACACUUCUUUAUAAAAGAAGACAAGAAGUGUAUUCCCAGAUCUGCAGGAAGGAAGAUGAGCUUGCACUAUAUGAAGGAAAUAUUGGAAGAAUAAGGGAUGGUAGUGAAGUUGGUUUAGCUCUUCAAUGUAUCAAAUCUAUCACAAAUGAUCCUAACCAGGCUUUUCAACCUGGAGAAGAUCAUCCUGAAUUUCAACUGAAGUGGCAAACAAGAUUGUCUGGUAACUCUGGGAGUUCUUCAUUUCAGGACUUGGAAUCCAUAUGCAUAAAGAACAACUGGAGACUGCCGAGAUAUUUUUUGGAACCAUUAGACGGUAAAUUUACAGCGGAGGUUGUAUUGAAAGGGAAGGAUUUCAAGUUCUCUUCUACCGGUGACUUGAAGACCAAUCCGCUUGAAGCAAGGGAAUCUGCUGCUGCCCGGUUGGUUGGUAAACUACAGAAUCUUGGCAUGUGAUUGAACAGAUAUGUUUGGACAUCAUGCUUUCAUAACCUCAAGUUCACCUUUUUAUUAGUAGCACUAUCAGAAAUAUCAGUUAUGUCGAUAUUAUAGAACAAUUUGGGAGUGAAAUGGCAUUGUGCACCCAUCUGAUGACAAGUCCCGUUUUGUACAUUCAGCAGAUGGAGGACUUUUGUCUCUGGCCUAGUGACUGAGGGCCUGCUAUAUUCUCUUGAUAGGCAAACUAUGCCGGAUAUUAUUAGUAAUGCAUAUAUUUGAACUUUGAGAUUAUGUGUUCUGA